AUGGUUCAACGCGCAGCGAGAUGUGCCGUGCAUCUCUGUUGGGUUGGCGUAUGUCGAGAUAACGUCCUGCGAGAGUCUGUAAUGAGCGUUUAAUCACGAAAGACGUCGCGUGUGUGUGUCUGUGUGCUUGUGCCCUCAGUGCCGAGAUAGCACGACCGACGGAACAAGUCGGUGGCAGGAAGACGCAGUUUGUUAUGGUUUGGUGACCCAGGAUAUAGCGUGACCCGGGCGUAUUUAGUGUCGCUCUCAGUAUAUUGUCCUUUGUGAGGUGUUCGUGUAGUAUCAAUCAGUGUGUCCGUUGUGUAGACAGAUUUAAUGCCAUGUGGGGUAGGUUGGGAAGCAACUGUCAGUGGCCAAAUGUGAAAAGCAAUGAGCAUCCGCUAUGAAACCAUCGGUGUUACAGACACUGCUCGAGCCUGCGACCACCGCACUGGCGGUGCUCAGUAGAAAGCAACAGCAUCAUCACAGGCCAUCCCCAACCUGCACCAACAAUCGGCGCGAUGCUGGCGGCGGUGGCCGAGUGGCCGGCGGGCUGCUGCACCCGGUGGAUCGGUGCGGCCGGGCGCCAGUACUCGCCAUCGGGCUGCUGUUUUGCGUCACCGUGUACCUGUACUUCAUGACUGGGACCGAUGUGACCCAGAUGAUCGUGACCAUACCGGCGGACGAUGCGGACCUACCCGGACCAAAAGAUCAAAUUGCAACAAAAUGCACCCAUAAGAACGAGCCUGAUGCUGCUGCACACGCGAGCGCAGACGAACUGCAACUCACCUUCAAUCGAAUUGUUCCGAUCGUUCCCCAAACCAAUGCCUCCACUACUACCACCAUCAUCACCACCACCACCACCAACACCACUACCACCAACAACAUUGUCCCUGCGAUCAACAACAACACCAUCACCUCCACCGGCGCGAUACCGACCGAUCCGUACGCCCCAGUGCCGAAGGGCUUUAUCGUGUGGGGACCGGGCUGCCAGAUCAUGGACCUGAACCCGGUAGCUAAGGACGUGAUGCGGCUGUUCAGCAAGGAGCGGUUCGUGCCGUGCAGCCCGAAGCAACCGCUCACGUCGAUCGAGCAGCACUUUGACAACGACACGGUGCUGGUGCGGUACCACCGGGACCAGCUGGACGCGUUCAUGCCGCACUACAUGCGGUACGUCCGGUGCUGCUACCAGAGCAUCGAGCGGGCCGGCACGAAGGAUAAGGCUGAUAAGAAUUUCUGGGUGGGAGAGUGUGUCCCGUUCAACGAAUCGUUCCUAUUGCCACCGUCGGUACGGAACGGUGUGCUGGUACGCUGCAAGGCCGGUGUGUCCGAGUCGAGCAAGUCGAAGAAGGCGAUCUACACCAACGUGCACGCACUGAUCCGGCCGCAGCCGAGCGUGCGCGAGCGCAUGGACAAGUUCCGAGGGAGGACGGAGAAGCGACCGCUCAGCGUGCUGAUGAUCGGCAUCGACAGCAUAUCGCGGCUCAAUCUCAUCCGUGCGAUGCCCCACACGGCCCAGCAUCUGUACGAUACGGGCUGGUUUGAGCUCAAGGGAUACAAUAAGAUUGACGACAACACCUACCCGAACCUGAUGGCGAUCCUGACCGGGUACAACAACUCGCUCGCCUACUCGAUCUGCAACCCGAAGAAGGUGGGUCAGCUCGAGGAGUGCCCGUUCAUGUGGAAGUACUUCGCGGACAGUGGGUACGCGACGGCCUACGCCGAGGACGAGGCCGGCAUCAACACGUUCAACUACCACAAGUACGGGUUUGUGGCGCAACCGACCGACCACUACUUCCGCCCGGUGGCGCUCGCGGCCGAGAAGAACCUCUCGAAGAAGAUGAAAAACUCGCUCACCUUCUGUCUCGGGUAUCAGAACUAUGCCGACCACAUCUACCAGUACGCGCUGGACUUUGCGUCGCAGUACCGGACCGAACCGUACUUUGGGCUGUUCUGGACGAACACGUUCAGCCACAACGACAUUAGCGAUCCGUCCUCGAUGGAUCUGCGCAUGAAGUACUACCUGGAGGAGCUGGACGAGCGGGGCAUUCUGAACAGCAGCAUGGUGGUAUUUUUCAGCGAUCACGGGCUACGGUUCGGCCCCGUUCGUAUGCUGCUGACGGGGUGGCUCGAGGAACGGCUGCCGUUUAACUUCAUCUGGCUGCCGGAAUGGUUCCGCGAGGAGCAUCCCGAAAUAGUGCAAGCGCUCAAGAUCAAUCGCAAUCGGCUGACGAACCCGUACGAUUUGCACGCCACACUGAAGCACGUGCUGGAGCUGUCCGGGCGGAUCGACAAUCUGCCCGGACCGCUCAGCUGCCCCAACUGCCAGAGCAUCUUCGCGGAGGUACCGUGGAAUCGGUCCUGCGAGGAGACGGCCAUCGAAUCGCACUGGUGCACCUGCGCCAACUUCCAGCCGAUCGAUAAGCGUUCGCCCAUGGUGCAGCGGGCGAUCGCGUUCGUGAUUGAUUAUGUGAAUCGCGAUCUGGAGGAGCAUCGUAACAGCACGACGGCGAACUAUGCGUGCGCUAAGCUAGCGGUUGGGUCGAUCACGCUCGCUAAGAUGGCGCACGAACCGAAGGGCCGGCUGCCGUACCGGGACUAUUUGUUGAUCUUUGACGGUAAGCCGGGCGGUGGGAAGUUUGAGUCGACGGUGCGACACUAUCAGGAGCGCGAUGCGUUCGAGAUCACGGGGUCGAUCAGUCGGCUGAACGAGUACGCCAGCCAGAGCGAGUGUAUGCAUAUAGACUACCUGCGCAAGUACUGCUACUGCCAGCGGACGAAGCUGUUCUGAGUGAGGUCUGCGGACGUUGGUGCUUGUGAAGCUGGGGCGAUCUCGGGAAGAUAAAAUGACAGUAAAGAUAGACAAGGUGCUCGCCGGGCAACCCAUAUUUGGGACAAAGGAGGGUUUUUUUUUGUAGUAACGUAGAUAUUAGUAAUUUUUAUCGCGGCCUAAACUAGCUGGAAUAUGCCAUCCUACUGGGGGCAUUUCCUUUUUUCAAACGGCUUAUAAAGCUCUUCUCCUAAACCAUUCCAAUUCAUUUUAGAUAUGGACCUAUCCUGUACUUUAUUUUGUGAAAUUUAAUUAUUUGUAUUCACAUCUUCUAGCCCACUCCUAUUAAGAGUCUCAUUGAACUCAUCGCUUGAACUCUCUAGACAUUAUCGUUAGCAGAACUACUGUAAAGAAAACGAACCUAGAAUCUAACGAACUUCACCAUCACAGAAACAAAAAAAAAAGAUUACUCAGACGUUCCUUUUAGGUCAGGGCAAGCUGAUUUACUAAAGCUGUUGUAAAACUGUGCCAAGAUGGGUGAUUGGGAAAUGGGCAAAAGGAGAACUUUAGCGAAGCAUUGUGUAGGGUUUAGGCAAACGUAAAGGCCGGGCUACAUUGAUCGUACUCGCAAGCGUAAUUUUUAUUUUCACUAGCGCAUCUGGCGACGACCAGCGCAAGCUAGAUGUCGGUAUAAUUUAUGUGUCAAAAUUAUUCAUACUUGGUGUCUCAUCAAGUUUCGACCAGGCUACCUGUUUGCCGUAGGAAAUGUUGAUAAACGUCCAUAAAUUGCAACAAAGUAGGCCGUUAAUUGUUGUUGUUGGACAAAUCGUCAUUCAUACAAAGCGCUGGGCCACAUUUUUCCCCAUCUUCCAAUGUCUAUCCAUCACUGGGUAAAAUUAUAGCCUCCUCGACCCAAAACGUUUUUUGACAGAUAAAUUAUGCCAGCAUCUAGCUUCAACCCGCCGCCGCUAGAUGGCGUACGCGUUCACAAAAAUUACACUAUGGAGUACGAUCAAUGUAGCCCGGCCUUAACAGUAGCAAAGCAGAAAUAGUGAAUAAUCAAAAUACAGGCAACAAGUGUAAAGCACUGUUGCAAACGAAUUGAAUUCGUAGUGAGGUAGCGAGGUGUGGUGAUCGGAUUGGAGUUACAGUGGAAUCGCUGUGUCUCUCCAACAUUGGUAGAUUACAAGAAACCCAAGCGACAAAGGCGCUAGUAAGCAGAAUCGAUUAUAUUCCGACACCUUCAUUGUUACUAUGAGAAGAGAAAGAGAGCAAUCUUUCUUUUUUUAUUUACUAAACGAUCAAAAGCAUGAUCGUGAGCAUCAGUAAACUUGAUUUUUGCGUGGACCAACAGCAUGCUAGUAGCGCACGAAAUGGGCUGUAAUGUUGGGGAAGGGUAGCAACGAACGUGAACUUGCAUCGAAAGAAAGUAAUACGGGAGUCUAUUUUUACUCAUCUGUGGGGUAGAUAUCAUAAGGCUUGGCCCCAUCAUAAUGUUGUGAACUAGAAGUUAUAGAACCUUUUAGGAAUUUGAGGGCAAAAUUUAUACAUUCAUUGCAUUGAGAUAGUUAAUUAAAACAAGCGCGUGGGACCGUUCGGAUACGCUUUCAGCCGUUGAAUCAAUAGUGACUAAGAGACGGACAGAGAUCAGGAAUCGCACAAAACAACAGACAGAAGAACAGAAGAACUACCCAAGACGGGACACGCAUACACAAACCUAAUGAGAAAGAGUGCUAGUGAUUACCUUUAGAAGAAAAAAAACCGAUGGAGAACCCGUAAGAAUUGGAUCAUUAAUGUCGGCUCCUGCCUUUCGAUGGGCAUGAUACCAUGUUUUGUAAAUAAUUUAAAACAAAAAUCCGAUAAAAUAAUCCAAUCCUCCCUUCCCUCUCGAUACCGUGAUUAGAAACAAAUAUACAACGUUAGACGCAAAUCAAACAAAACGCAAAAGGGGGAGCAACGCGCAGAUCAGAUGAAAUACACUAUUUUACUUUUUGUUAUUAACGAAGUAGCGGAAUUAUUAAGAGCAGAACAGCGAGUUAAAAUAAAUGGAUUUAGAAGAAUCAAGUGCGAACAAA